AUGUCUGAUGGGGAAUAUGAUUACCUCAUCAAGUUCCUAGCCCUGGGCGACUCUGGGGUGGGAAAGACCAGUUUCCUCUACCAGUACACUGAUGGCAAGUUCAACUCCAAGUUCAUUACCACAGUGGGAAUCGACUUCAGAGAAAGACGAGUGACAUACAAUUCCACUGGUCCUGAUGGUUCCUCAGGUCGAAGACAGAAGAUCCACAUGCAACUGUGGGACACCGCUGGACAGGAGAGGUUUCGAAGUUUGACCACUGCCUUCUUCAGGGAUGCAAUGGGUUUCCUUCUCUUGUUUGACCUCACCAAUGAACAAAGUUUUCUCAACGUCCGAAAUUGGAUGAGCCAGUUACAGGUCCACGCCUACUGUGAGAAUCCAGAUGUGAUUCUGUGCGGCAACAAAUGCGACCUGGCCGAUCAGAGAGCCGUGAGUGAGGAGGAAGCCCGAGAGUUGGCAGAGAAGUACGGGAUCCCUUACUUUGAAACGAGCGCGGCAAACGGUCAGAACGUCAACCAGGCGGUGGACGUCCUGCUCGACCUCAUCAUGAAGAGGAUGGAACGAUGCGUGGACAAGUCCUGGAUCCCGGAUGGCACCUUCAGAACAAACGGGCACAACAACCCAGACUUGGCAGAGGCCUCGGAAGGGAGCAAGUGUGCAUGCUAA